UAAAUAUUCGACAUUGAGCAAGUGAUAAUGAAGGAAUUCAGUCUACUUCUAAUAAUACAAACUCAACCAAUGUAGAAGGAAGUAAUGUUGCAGAAACUCGUUCUAGUCCUUGUCAUGGAGAAGGUGUCAUACAUGAGUCUAUAGAAUCUCACUCAAUUCCCUCUGAUAUAGAAGUUGAAGAAGAACAAAUUGAAAAAGAAGUAGAGCCUAAACGGGCUAGAGGUCCUACAAAAAUGUUAGAUGUAUGGGAAAUGGAACAUGGUGAUUUAAUAAUCGUUAAUUUGGACAAAUAUGGUCGACCCAUUGGUGAGGAAGGGACAACUCUAACUCGUUUCAUUGGUAGCGUAGCUAGAAGGUAUCAAUAUGCUCCUAUCAACUACAAGUCAUGGAAAGUUAUGCCAAAUGAUUACAAAGAAGAAAUGUUGAAAUUAAUAGAGAGUAAAUUUGAGUUUGUUCCUCCAAUAAAUGACUUAACAAGAGAAAUGUUAAAAUCUGAGCUGAAUGAGAAAUGGAGGCAAUGGAAGGGUGAUCUAAAGUCAAUGGCAUAUGACCCUACUAAAACAGAAGAAGAAGUUGCAUCUCUUGUACCAGAUGAUAGGGUUGACCCAAAUCAAUAUCGUGGUUUGGUUCAUCAUUGGUUUUCUGAUGAAGGACAAAAAAUAAGUAAAAUUAAUAGGCAAAAUCGGGCUAAAUUUGAAGAUGUUCAUUGUAUGGGUUCAAAAAGUCUCCCAAAGUUUAUUGAUGAGAAGAUAAAAAAGGGCAAAGGAGUGUUGCCUGGACGUAAAGAGAUUUACAUUGAUACCCGCACUCGUAAAGAUGGAACAAUGGUCAAUAAAAAGGCUGCAAGAUUGAUUGUUCCUGAUGCUACUAGUGCUCAAAACCAUUUGAAUUCACUUAGUCCAAACAACAACGAAAUAAUGAAAAUGGUGAAGAUUAAAAGCUAAUUUGUUGUUGAAGAUGGAAUAUUGGCAAUUUAGUGGACUCUAUUUCUUAAUAUUUUUUGAGAUUGUUAUGUAUGACACAAGAUGUCUAUUUUAAAUGUCUAUUUUUUGAGGUUAAGGGUUUUGUUUUAUCGUUGUAAGACUUUUAUAUUAAUUUUUAA